AUGGCGGCGCCCACGAGGGGCGGCCUGGCCGCGCUGGGCGCCCGGGGAGCCUCCGCCGCCGCCGCCGCGCUCUCGCUGCCGGCCGAGGCCUUCGGGAACGACCCCCUGGUGGAGGCGGCGUGGGCCGCCAAGGCGUACCAGCACGCCCAGGUCUACUUCAACCUCAUCUCCUCCGUUGACCCGGCGUUCCUGAAGCUCACCAAAGCGGACGACCAGAUCUACUCCGAGUUCCGGAAGGCCUUCCCCGACCUCCAGAUCGGCGUGCUGGACCCGGAGGAUCUGAAAUCUGGGCCGGCCAAAGAGAAAUGGCGCCCGUUCUGCCUGCGCUUUGACGGGGUGGUCGAGGACUUUAACUACGGGACGCUUCUGCGGACGGAUUGCAGCAAAGGGUAUACCGAGGAGAACACGAUAUUUGCCACCAGGAUCCAAUUCUUUGCUAUUGAAAUAGCCCGCAACCGAGAAGGCCACAACCAUCUUGUCUAUGGCAGGGCCAGGGAAGCCUGCUUGGGCACCCAGGCGGACAGCUCUGGAUAAAGCCUUCUGCGCUCAAGAAAGGGCAAUACAUUCAAAGGAAAAAGGACCAGAGUUUUGCUCCAGCAUCAGCUCCAGCUGAACUACCGACUGCCUCUGUUCCAUGGCAAAUCAAGGAACAGCUGCUGCUGGAAUUCUGUUGACGAUGCCAAAAAGCUCUAAAUCGUGGCUAUAACCAUGAUGUAUUUGAGGAUGCAUCAGCUUGCUUUUUGUAUCUUCUAGAGCUUCCAUGUGCUAGACAUGAAAUCAACAUUAAAAUUCUUGAAUGAAA